CGAACACAUAACAUCAGUCCACCAUGAACAAACCGAGACACACACACGGCACAAUCAUGUAAGGCGCAGCUCACUGGGCGGGUCCAGGUGGAACAAGGGAUCAUGAAAGGGGUCCUGCAGAGCACGCAUCGACCUGAACAAACAACGAAACCUUAGAAAUCCACCUGCACAUCUGCAUGUGUGGCGCACCUGACGCUUGCAAGUGCCUGUCGCGUGGCGGCGAGAGAUGUGCCUGUCAUCUUUUGGGCCGUCACUCGGAGAUACAGGUCCUGCAAUCAGGACACCAGAACGAGAAUGGGGGUGUAUCUGCGGACGUCGGCCUAUGUGUCCGUGUCCAACCUUGACGGGUGGUUGUUUGCCCGACAUGAUAGAAGGCGGCGACAUGAGACGUAAGUCGCCAUACGAAGAGGAAGGGCGAAGCUCCGACACCUGAGGGGAGGGAGCAUGGGUAACACAUCCACAGACGUACACAUGCUUUAGGUGGUCAGCCCUGACCAUUGUCUGCCUUGCUCUAUCAGAAGGCGGGUAAUACUGAAACCGACCCAAUGGCCCUGAAAGCACCAGAUACACAGAUUGAUUGCCGUCUAUCGUGUCUCCUUCUUCGAGCUCAAUCUUGCCUCGUUCGACUCGUUCUGCCACGCCUCGGCCUUCUGCAGUGGCGCUGGUAGGCCGUGUUCUGGCUCCAGACACAGCACUCGACGGACGGGACACCGAUAUGUCUGUCGGCGCCCGAGGCGCUUCAUGCGCAGGCGGCACACGGCUGACAGACACCUUCCUGGCGCCCUCCUUGACGCGUUCCCGGUCUACUUCGCCUUCCCUGCGUGGCGGGAGGGGAGGCUUGGCCGAUGUGGGACGGGCGGACGGGGCCUGCAAGCGGACAGGCGCAUACGGAGACACGAAAAUCAUGAAGGCCAGAGGUCAGUGCGCACCUGUGUGGGUCUGUCCCUCAUGCCGGGUGGAAUGGCGAAUUGCUCGGGGGUUGGCGGGCGCGCAGGGGCAGCGGGAGAGGCAGCGGGCGGUGCAGCGGAAAUUAUUGUGCACUGGACUGCGCGCUCUCUCGUCGCAAUUUUUACUGGUGCAACAAGUGGGGGAGCAGGCAUCUGCAGACACCAGGAGAGGCAUAGACGCUCUCCUCGAAUAUCUGUCAAGAUGUGUACCUGUGUGAUGAAGGCCUCAGACACAUCGACAUCGUACAUGGUGCCCUCAUCGACUGUCUCACGUCUGAUCUCAGGCUCAGGAACCCUUGCCUCCGCAACCCCCUCAGCUUUCUGAGCCUCCCCUACCUCUGCCUCUUCUUGCUCCCCUGAAUGAACACAUGUAUUCUCGGCUAGAAUGUCAACCCUUUUGCUUACUUUUCAGCCUGACCCACUCUUCCAGCUCUUCCAGGCCCUUUUCCUUCAUAAUCGAGACCGAUGCUGCCUUCUCGACACGAUACGCCAGCCUUGCCGCCAUCGAUGGGUGCUUCGGGGGACUGGGUGGGGGCGAAGGCGCUUUGGCCUUCUGUUGGGACGGCAGUGUGCCGAACUUGGCGUUGAGGAAUGUCUCUUGGCCGAUGUCGCAUUGGGCGCCUUGCAUCUCAGUUGGAGGGGCGUCGCAUUGGACGGAGGCGUCAUUAGGCGGAAGAGGUGGGAUGAAUUGGCUGAGAAGGAGAGCAUGACAUUGCUUUCAUUGAGAGCAAGGACAAAGACGGCUAUUUUGCUUACCCACUCGCGUCCAUCUGUGGGGUGCCGCCGCCUACGGUUCCCCUGGGCUGCCAGCCAACAAAGGAAGGGUAUGUACAUCAGGUUGGCUGGCAGCAGGUGAUGGUACCUUUGACAUCCUGAGCAUCUGUUGGAGGCUCUCUUGUUUGUCCUGUGCUUGCUCCAGCUUCUUCUGGAGCCGAUAAAUCUCCUGCGAAAGAGCUACCAUUCCUACAAGCGGCCACACCCCCAUACCACCAAGAUAUCUACCCCUUUCAACGACAGCUUUUCGGUGGUGAGCUUUUCGAUCUCUUCGUCCUUCUCCUUCAUCGAUGGCGCCGCCGUGUCGCCCCCCUCCGUCUCCUCGCCUGUCUCCAUCAGCCACUGCUGGCCCUCCAGGAAAAAGAUGUCCAGCUCCUUCUUCAUCUCACGCACUGAUCGGUCGACCCCCACACAAAGAGACACGUCUGGCUGCAGAUGGAAGGUGUGUGUCACGCCGUUUUGUUACCGAGGUAUUGGGGAAGGUGGAUAGAGUACUUGGCGAUCAUUUCCCGCAGGUGGUUGGUCUCGCGGUAGUACCCGCGGCGGAGAGACUGGAAGCGACGCAGGAGACGAUCAUGACCUUACAAGAGAUAAAGAGGACCGACAGCCAAAAACCAUUCUCUCACCCCCCUUGCGUUGUCUUCUUUUGCCUACGUGCCGAGAGCUGGUGAUGUCUGCCAUUGAGCUCCCCCAAAAUCUCGCACAGAUACCCCAUGGAUGUCACAGACAUCUUCGGUCUCCAAGCGUCAUCCCUCCUCUCCCGCCCGGUCGUCGCGCUCCGAGGUCGCAGCGACACUGCAGUCGGAUGUGUGCCCAUCUGUGGGCCUGGCGAGGCUGACCUCGGCCUGUGGAAAGCGGACUUGGGUCGGCCGCCUUCCUGCGGGCUGGAGGCCGUGGUUGGUGGCGUGACAGGGGUGGGGAGGGAGAGAGGGGGAGUGGAGGGCGACCCAUUGAGGAUGGACAGGAAGAAACGGCCGAAGAGCUGACGGGGGAGAGCCAGAAUCACAUCGGAAGUGGGACAGACACGUGGGUUGUCGGUUUGCUGUAUGUGUCCUCACCUCGAGGAUGGAGUGAGUGGCCCACUGGACCUUCUGUUGCACCUCGUGGAUAUGGUGGGCUGCAACAGCCGGCAAAUUCUGAUGAAACACGGGACAGACAGGACAGAGACGCACCGCCACAGAAUUCAUGAGCCACUGGCGUCUCCAUCUGUUGUGUCUGCAAGUGGGGCCCACCUUGAUUUGGUGCGCGAAUACUCGCUGCAGCUCGUCCUGGAAAAUCUGGCACAUCUGUGUGAUCCUCUCGCUGUAGGACAUCCAUUGCGUCCCAGCGUCCAGUUUCCAAUCGAGGCAAGCCAGCGGUGUCUGCUGCUCGUCGCCGCCAGGCUGUCCGUGUCGAAAGCCUCCCUCUAUGGCAGCCGUCACACUUGGCUCUGCAAGGACAAUCCUGAGGCAAACACAACAGUCAGACCCAACGUCCUAUGUAGACAGUCAGCCAUACCUGUGCUCCGUCUCAGGCGAAGGGACAUCGCCGACGUGGCCUGGGAGGGCGGCGAUUCGGACGGAACGCGUCGUCUUCGACAUGAUUCAAGAGCUGGCCCUGGUGUUUAGUCCGACCCACCACUCACACUGCGAUGGG